AUGGCCUGCCCGCCAUGGAGCAGGCUGACCACUAGGCAGGAGCCACACAGGCGGGCCCCGCCCCCGCCACCCCGCGGGGCCUCCUUCCCCUGCUUACAGGGGGACGGCAUGGAAGGCUGCAAGACAACGCCCUUCCGUCACCCCCACAGAGGACCUCCCACGGGGCUCUCCCCUCCUGUGGCGGAGCUGGGCCUGGGGAGCGGCCCACCUCUCGCCAUCCCCGAGGUCACGGUGUACCACCUCGGGGGUCAGGCUGGCCACGGCCUCGCCAGCCUGAGGAGUGUGGCCCCUUUCCUGCCGGGGCCGGGCCUGGGGAGCGGCCCACCUCUCGCCAUCCCCAAGGUCACGGUGUACCACCUCGGGGGUCAGGCUGGCCACGGCCUCGCCAGCCUGAGGAGUGUGGCCCCUUUCCUGCCGGGGCCGGGCCUGGGGAGCGGCCCACCUCUCGCUUUCCCUGAGCCGAGUCCCUACCUGGCGCCUCCUUCCCCACCUGCCUCCACUGGUCUCUCGAGCCCCGCACACCUGAGACCAGAGCUGUCUUGGUGCACGCGGCUACCUCACCCACACCACGCCAAACUUCCACGCCCUCGGACGUCCCCACGGCUUCACAUUACGCCAUCUGGGACUCAAGAAGGACGCCUCACGCAUGCAGACUCACCCACUGGUACCGAAACCCCACAGGAUUCAGUAGGAUACCCGCAGGACUCUUCUCCCCCAAGGGUCUUGAAACUACAGGACCCACCUCACGUUCUCGGUCUGGCGGAGGAUUUGUAUUUUAGUACAGAGCCACAGCGUCACCUGUACUUCACCAACACUUCAGGAGCUGUGGUCAAUUGUGUGGCUGAAGGUGUACCGCCCCCUACUGUUACCUGGACGCUGGCUGAUGAUCGCCCGCUUGACCAGGUAGUGGGUCCUCUUCUGAAGGUGGUCUCAAACGGCUCCCUCAUCUUCUCACCCUUCCCUGCCGCACAUUACGACGCCAGGGUCCACGCUGCUGUCUACACCUGCCGCGCCUCCAAUCCUGCCGGCACGCUCCUUGCCACGCCAACCCUCGUUCGUGCAGUGGUGGUGGCGGACUUCGAGGUGCAGGUGUACGACCGACUAGUGAUGGCGGGAAAUACAGGUGUGCUGCAUUGCGUGGUGCCAAGUUACCUGCGGGAGUUUGUCACGGUCACCUCUUGGCUCAUCGGCGACCACCUGCACGUGUAUCCUUCCCUGCACGGGGACGGGAAGUACCACAUGACUGAGGCUGGAGACCUACACGUGCUUAGAGUCGCCCCAGCUGAUGGCCGCUCCAGGUUCAGGUGCCGCGUGCUACACAAGCUGACUGGCGCCUCACACUUGUCCCAGAGCCCCGCCAGGAUCAUCGUUACAGAGGCUGAGGGAGGUGUGGCGCCGCAGAUGGGGGAGCGCGGCGGGCGGCAGGUGGUGGCGGCUGGUCAACAGGUGACGCUCCCCUGCAUCGCCCAAGGCCACCCACCCCCGCAGUACACGUGGUUCCGCGGAUCUGAGGCGGUGGCGGGCGGGGGUCUCGGCGGCCUGUGGGUGGUGGGCGGCUCUCUGGUCGUGGCGCGAGCUGAGGCGACACAUGAGGGCCACUACACCUGUCUUGCUAAUAACACUGCUGGUCACGCCCGCCUCUCCCUUCACCUGCUGGUCACUAUGCCGCUGUCUGUUCAGGUGAGCCCCAGGGAGAUCCAGGUGGACGCAGGGGGCACGGUGGAGCUGAUGUGUCACGUAUCAGGAUCGCCGGUGGAGGAGGUGCGUUGGCUGAAGGACGGCAGGAAGGUGAGGUCAGAUGGAAGGGUGACGGUGCGGCCCAAGGAGGUGUUGCGUGUGUCCAGCCUUCAGCCCUCCGACGCCGGCCUGUACCAGUGCUCCGCCUCCCACGGCUCACACUACGCCCACGCCCACGCCCGUGUGACCCUCGGAGCGUCGCCUCCUGAGUUGCAGUAUCGCUUCAUCGAGCAGUCCCUCCAGCCGGGCCCUGCGGUGUCCCUCAAGUGCAUAGCCACGGGGAGCCCCACGCCACACGUCACCUGGACUCUUGAUGGCUUCCCGCUACCUCACUCACACAGACUGGUGAAGGGGCAGUUCGUCUCAGCGGGCGGGGAGGUGAUAAGCCACGUGAAUAUCAGCAGUGUACAGGUGGUGGACGGCGGAUCGUACACUUGCGCCGCAGAGAACAGUGCAGGCAUCGCGGCGCACUCUGCAAGACUCAACGUUUACGGGCCGCCUCAGGUGCGUCCCAUGGGCCAGGUGACCGCUGUGGCUGGCAGGACCUUCACUGUCAGCUGCCCCGCUGCCGGACACCCCAUCUCUGCCAUCACGUGGACUAAAGACGGGGUGCAGCUGCCUCGAAGUCACCGCCAGCGUGUGUUGGGUAACGGGACCCUGGUGCUGCUGCAGGUAACACGUGGGGUGGACGACGGCCGCUACGCCUGCACCGCCUCCGCCAGGACAGGCAGAUCCGACACACAGAGCCUGCAGCUACAAGUACUGGUUCCCCCUAAGCUCGCGCCCUUCAGCUUCGCGGCCAUGACACGGGAGGGGCUGAGGGCGCAGGUGACAUGUAUGGUGCAGGAGGGAGACCAGCCUGUCAGAUUUGCUUGGACUCAGAAUGGAAGGCCGCUGGAUGCCCGUCUUGGAGUGAGGACCUCGCAACUGGACGCCUACACUUCCAUCCUGGUGGUGGAGAGAGCGUCUUCUGCACACUCUGGGAACUACACGUGUACUGCCACUAACGCUGCUGACGCCACCUCCUCCACCGCCACCCUUACUGUCAGUGUGCCGCCGUCCUGGGUGGUGGAGCCGAGCGGAGGCAGCGUGGCCCUAGGAGGCUCCCUGGCGCUGUCCUGCCUGGCUCGUGGCUUCCCCAGACCCACCACCACCUGGCUCACACAGACGGCUUCAGGAGAGUUUGUGCGCGUGGGUGAGGGCGGCAAGGUGGGCGCUGGCGGGCUGGAGCAGUGGAGCAACGGUACUCUGUGGGUGGCUCGGGCGUCCAGGAGCCACGAGGGGCGGUACCUGUGCGAGGCGGACAACGGCGUGCUUCCCGUGGUGUCCAAACUGGUUAACCUGACCGUGAAUGAGCCGCCGUGGUUUGUGGAGUCAGAGCAGCGCCAGCAGGUGAGAGUGGGCGCUAUUGCCACACUCACCUGCCACGCCCACGGUGACGACCCUCUCACCCUUACCUGGACCAGAGAUGCCGCCCCGCUACCGCCUAUCCCCAGGUACCAGGUGUCAGUGCGCGAGGGGACGGGGACAGAUGACGGCAGUGGGCGGAGCAGCGGUAAGGAGGGGGAACUGCUUAUACAAGACGCUAGACUCUCAGAUUCCGGCACCUUCACCUGCACAGCCUCCAACACCCACGGUACUCGGACCUCGCGCCUUCACCUACUAGUGCAAGAUGUGCCGGCGCCUCCCUCAGCAGUACGGGUCGAGGAGCGAGGGUCACGUCACCUGCUUGUUACCUGGACGCCACCUGAGGACUCGAAUGCCCCCAUCACUGCUUAUGUCAUCACCGUUAAACCUCUUCCUGCUGGGUCGAGUGGUGGGCGGGAGGAGCGGGUGCGGGGCCAGGAGGUGCGGGCGGUGGUGGGCGGCCUGACCCCCGCCACUCGCUACACCGUCAGCGUGGCAGCCGUCAACAGCGUGGGGCGUGGCAGAGGCUCCCCGCCCCUCAAUGACGCCACGCACGAGGAGGCGCCCUCUGCCCCACCCCAGAACGUGAAGGUGGUCCCAGUAUCCUCCAGCGCCCUGCGAGUCACCUGGGAUCCCCCUCACCCGAACACCACCCACGGGACCCUCCUCGGUUACCAGCUGGGACUCAAGCUACACAGUGACGGUGAGAACGCUGCUUACAACUUCACCAGCGUGGGCGGCGUCGGGGGCACCAGCAGCUCGCGGGUGGGCGGGCUGCGUCCCCACACCCGCUACGUGGUGGUGGUGCGCGCCCUCAACUCUAAGGGCCCCGGACCACUCGCCCCUCCCGCCCGCACCGCCACGCUUCAGGACAAGCCCAGCGCGCCCCCCGGCCAGGUGCGGUGUGAGGCCUUGUCGUCGUCAGCCCUGGCCGUCACCUGGGUACCGCCUCCCCCAGACCACCGCAACGGAGACCUCACCACCUACCGCGUCGCCUUCUGGGUCGCCGCCUCCCCUGCAGACGCGGAGGGCGAGGGCGGCAGCGUGGCGACGGAGGGACUGCGGGCGCGGCUGGAGGGGCUGCUUCCCUUUACCAACUACUCCAUCAGCGUGUCGGCAGCAACGAGGGCUGGGCAGGGCGUGGCGUCCCCUGCCCUCACCUGCACCACACAUCAGGACGUUCCCGAGGCGCCAGCACGUGUGAAGGCGGUAGUGUCAGGGUCCCGAGCUGCUAUCGUGUCUUGGGCCCCACCAGAUCGUCCACACGGCCGCCUCACCCGCUACACGGUGCACUGGGCGGCUGGCAGUGGCGGGGCAGCUCUCAGUCGCCGCGUGGAUCCUCAGCUCACACAUUUGGCAUUGCGUGACUUGCCCCAUGCCGCACACCAGGUGUGGGUGACGGCAGCCACGCAGAAGGGGGAGGGUCCGCCAAGCCCUGUGGUGAUAGUGAAGCCAUCUCAUACAGUUCCCGCGGGUGUGUGGGCGGUGGCGGCAACGUGACGGCGGCGUGGCGGGAGGACAUCAGCCUGGCGUGCGGUGCCGUGGGUGUGCCAGAGCCAACCCUCGCCUGGACACACCAAGGAACGCCCAUCCGCCCACUAACGCACACUCCAACGGAAGGCCGGUGGUGCAGCGUGACGGGACUCUAACGCUGGGAGACUUGGAACGGAAAGAUGGCGGGCGAUACACAUGCACGGCUACCAACACCCACGGGAGCGACGCU